CUCAUCCACCACCUCCUCCUCCUCCCUCCUCCUCCCUCCUCCUCCUCCUCCUCUGUAACUUCUCGUCCUCAGACCUCGGCUCAGUUUUAUUUCGGACUGGAUACGACAGACACGCAGCAGCAGCAGCAGAAGUGAAUCAUGGCGCACGGACCGUUCCUCUCGCUCUUUCUUCUUCAUCUCUGCCUCCUCAGCUCGAGCGCUUGGGCCAAGGUGAAGCUGACCACGCAUGAGAGUGUUGAGGUGUACCUGGGUGACUCGGCUCAGAUCCCCUGCCAGUACAGCUUCACUGACACCGACACUGAGCCCAGCUUCGUCAUGAUCCAGUGGUUUGUGAGAGGUGUCGGCAGCUCACGGACGCGGAUCUUCUACUUUGAUAACAACGCUAACAUCACGGACAGCAACACGGAAUACAGCGGCCGCAUCCUGGUGACUCCAGAUCCUCAGGGAACCGUGCUCACCAUCCAGGACGUCCAGCUCGCCGACGAGAGGGAGUUCUUCUGCCAGGUCAACGGGCUGGCUGCCGGGACCGCUGAGGGCAAGACCCACCUCAGAGUGUUUGCUCCUCCAGAGGCUCCGGUGAUCGAGGGCGUCCUCACUGGAAUAUCUGUGACCAAGGAGGUGCCGUCUAAGGUCGCAUCAUGUGAGGCGAAGAACGGCUUUCCUAAACCCAACAUCACCUGGUACAGGAACAACGUCCCGCUGAAGCCAGAUCCAGGACAUGUAAACGUGUUGAUCCUGACCUGGGAGACCAAAGGCCUCUACUCGGUGCAGAGCACGCUGGAGUACAAGGUGGUGAAGGAGGACAAAGACGCCCAUUUCUCCUGUGAGGUCAGCUUCUCUGUCCCGGGAGCCAUCAGGACAGUGGAGUCAAACAACGUCAACGUCACGGUUCACUACCCUACCACCAUGGUGGAGCUGUGGAAGGAGUUGCCCCAGGGCUUGGUCAAAGAGGGGGAUACUGUGGAGCUGCGUUGCCAGGGCGAUGGCAACCCCCCGCCGUUCUUCAAUUUCAGCCGAGAACAAGAUAACGAACUGUACGGCAGCGGCAACACGUUGACCCUGUCUCAGGUGUCAAGGACAGACAGCGGCAUCUACCAGUGUUGGCCUGUGGACGCUGACAAAGACAGCGAGGUCAAAGGGGAAAUGCAGCUCACCGUGCACUAUUUGGAUCCAGCUGUUGUUGUACCUAAAGAGUCAGAGUUCAUGAUAAAGGGAGAAGAUCUGACCGCCAGCUGCAACGCUCUGUCCUCCCUGAAAACCUCCACCGUCUGGUACAAGGAUGGCAAACAGGUGGGUAAGGGCAACACAUUGCACCUGCAGGACGCCACCUAUGAAACAACGGGAAAGUACAUGUGUGAGGUGACCGUUCCCUCGCUGCCGGCGCUGAACACCAGCGGCUCCGUUCACAUCAUCGUUCAAGAACAUGUUGUCGUCUGUGUGUGUCUUUGUGCAGCUGAGGGCAGUGGAGUGAUCAUAGUGGUGAUCAUACUGUGUCUGCUGCUGCUCGCCAUCCUCGGCAGCGUCCUCUACUUCCUCCACAAGAAGGGGAAGAUUCCCUGUGGACGCUCGGGGAAGCAGGAGAUAACCAAAGAGAAAACCACCAAAGACGACAUUGUUGUGGAGAUGAAGACCAACACAAAGACUGAGGAGUCUGUCCUGCUGAAGGCCGUCAACGGAGACAAGAAGGGACCUGAUGACCAGUAACGUCCCUGUAGGUUCAGCAGCAUGGAGACAUCAGUGUUGGAGCACAGGACGGAGUCGAUGGGAUGAGAGAUCUGCAGGAAGACCCCACCACACAGCCUGGACAUUUCCCCCAUCAUGCUUUGUUCUCAGCAGUAUUCAGUAGUUUUACACACACAGUCACACACAGUCACACACACACACACACACACACACACACACACACACACACAGAAACACAGGUAUGUAUGUACAGAUGUGUAUUUUCCUUUGAAUGAGUGUUUCCUGUACAUUCAGUCCCUCCAGUUGUUUGCACUCGGCCGUCGUUCGAGUGCGACGAUGUCUCUCGAUGCAUCCUUUUUUUUUUUUGUUUCUUUUUCUAUGAAGUGUACAUAUUAUAUAUAUUUUGUUAUUUAAGAUAUUUUGGCACUCGGAUUUUCAUUUCAUGGCAGCGUCUGGGUCGUGUGCAUGUUGAUCCAUGUCCAGGGGAUUUUUUAUUUCUUUGUUUUUUGAGACCAAACGAGUCCGGCUGCUCCGCUGCCGUGGCUGCUCUGUACCGUCGGUUCAGUCACACUGAGAGACGUCUCGUCAGCGUGUUUGAUCAGAUCUUUAAAUGAUUGACGCCAAUAAUUGUAGAUAAACACUUACCACCCUCCCCCCCCACAAAAACACACACAAACUUUUCCUCCAGAAUCGGCAGUUGCACCAUUAGGGGGCGCUAAACUUCAGCGUUCCCGCCCUAAAAGCUGUGGCUCAGAAACUCUGGCGUCCUUCUGCAAACUACUGUCAAGCCCUCGCACUGUUUGUAAAUACGCGUUCAGACCUGUGAGCGGACGCCUCCGACUGUUACUGAAGGUGAAAAGGUCAAAGGUCAGUGAUCUGCUGUGCCUGUUUUUUGAGAACGCGUCGUACACUGAAAUAUUGUUUGAUUUAUUUCUCUGGUUUGCUCUGUGUGUUCUUUGUGUUUCCUCUGAGAGUUUUUUUAUUUGGGCUCGAAGACGCGUUUUCACGUCGUGCACGUUUGAGCUUCACGCUACAGAUAAGAAUGACGCAGGUUUUAUUUCAUGUUGAAGGAUCAACAGGAGAUAAAAUAUGUCACAGGGAACAUUCAGUUUUCUUCAGUUACAGGAUUCAGCCACGGUCAUGCUCCUGCAGACUGAUGAGAAAAGUUUUUUAUCACGAUUGAAACCAUGGAUUGUGUUUAAGUAAGAAACCGAUUUAAAGCUGUACAGGCUAAGACGACACUUCGUUUAAAAAUACAUCUGCAGCCAAAGAGAAGAGCUGAGGAUCUUUAAAAAAGAAAAUCCAAAAGGUCAUUUAAAAACACUCACAGCUGUUUUAAAGUUUUUGCAGAAUCUUCUAAACAUCUGGAACAAAAUUGGACGAGAGAAAAAAUAUUUCAAGCACAAACUCAAUUUUAUCCGCUGCAUUUUUCUGACCUCAUGAUGUUUUCAUUUAUAUAUUAACACACAGAAUGUUUUCUACUUUUUGACCGUACAAAACAUGCAGAUUCAUUUUUCUGUGACAAUUCAACGUGUAGAGGCACAAACUGAAAAUGAUUCAUCCUCCUUGUUUGUAGUAAAUCGGCUCAAACGCGCACGUGCGUGUUACGCUGCUGGAGGUCCGUGUUGUGAAUAUGACGUACUGAUCUCUCACCGUGUUGGUUGUUGUGAAAAGAAGUUUGACCUUUUUGUUGCCGAGUGCGCGAACGUUGCCCCGAAGACUUGCAGCAUUAAACAGAGUAGUGACGUGUUUUCUGUUUUAUUUUGUUCCUUUGAGAUGUUACAUUUGUAGAAAUAUCCAGGUACAGAACGUCCUCAGGCAAGAAGAAGAGUCGUCACGUGAAGCUGUCGGAGUUUCUCUGAUCUGAUCCUCGCAGUGAAUCUGCACCUCUUCGUCUUUUCAGUUUUUUUUUUGACCGCACGGGACAUUUUUCUGUUUGUUGUUUCUGGAUUCUUCACCAGUGGGAAACAUGUUUUUGAACGUGAUCGUUGCAGUUGUUCGUUUCCUAAAUGUGAGUACUGUAUAUGUGAUCAUUUGAUGCUUGCGUGUUUUUAUAUUUUUUGCAAGAAAAUAAUGCCAAAUAAAAAAGUUCCA